GUGCGGAGCUGGGCAGGUCGGUCCUGACUAGACUAGGAGGUUGGAGUUAAGAACAUCAAUAAUGGAGCUAGCUCACAGUUUAUUGCUAAAUGAAGAAGCAUUGGCUCAGAUCACAAAGGCAAAGGGACCAGUGUUCAUCUUUGAAUGGUUAAGAUUUCUUGAUAAAGUCCUAGUUGCUGCCAACAAGUGCCUUCUGGAACUACAGAAUGAAGCUGUGUUCAUGUGGACUGUUGAACUAGAAAAUAUAGCUAUCCUCUGCUUUAAGGCUUUGGAAAACUCAAAUUAUGGGACCCAAAUUCAAUGUCCAGAACCUACAUCAGGCAGCUUACAACUUCCCGUAACUCCACCUUUGGGAAUCCAGUGCCCUCCACUGCUUUCUGUGGGAAAUGCAGCCACCAUUUCCACCAUCCGAUCCUCUUGCUUGGUGGAUUGUGCCAUCACCCAGGACCACUCUGAUUCUCUGCUUCAGGCAGCUGCCAUCUCUUGCCUUCAAGAGCUUCACAUGUUUGCCCCACGACACGUCAAUCUGUCCAGCCUUGUUCCAAGCCUUUGUGUGGGAGCUGCCCUAAGACCAGCCUUUUCACAAGAUACGCCAUCAGACAUAAUAGCAAAAGCUUGUCAGCUCAGGAUUCGACUUUGGAUCCUCAGCUACUAUAUUAUGUCCAAGUGA